ACGUUCAGAACGAUAAGUGUACUCUUUGGGGAAUGUUGUUUCUCAAGCUUUCGCUGCACCUUUCCGUCCAAAUGUUUAUAAAAAUCCUUACAGCAGACCACAAUUGACUACUUAAAUCAUAAUUAUUAAUAAUCAUUCAUAGUGAAAAUUCUUUCAAUGAAGUUAGUUUUUACCGGAUAAACAAGUCAAGUAGAAUGUGUCGAAUAGUCAUGUAUGUUGAAAAUUACACGCUUUGAAUACAGCCUUAAAGCGCAGAAUUUGAAAUUCAAGGUGAACCUCAUUUUAGUUCGAAAGUAUUUCAAAGAUAUUCUCAAAAAUUAUGUGCCUUUAUUAGACUAAAGGGCGAAAGAUAUGACAGCUUUCGCAACAGAUGUCCAAGUCCUACAAACUCUCAAAGUUCAUACAAGUGAUGUAAACAGUGUUGACUUUGCAGGAGAUUGCAUACUAGUCACAGCUUCUGGAGACAAACGAGUUCGAGUAUGGGAAUGGCAAAAGGGUUUAGGGUAUGUGGAGGCUUCCUAUUCGCCUUUGAUGGGUCAUAAAUACGGAGUAACUUCCGUUAAAGUCAGUCCUCAGUCUACAAUGCUGGCUUCGGCCAGCAUAGAUGGAACGACGCACCUCUGGAAUUUGAGGUCGGGGGCCAGGAUACACACGAUGGUUCAAGCUGGCGGCGAAGCUGUUAGAGCCUGCAGAUUCUCACCUGACUCAACUCUGCUCGUUACCGCUGGCGACAGUGGCCAAGUCUGUGUUUGGGAUUUGGUGCAUCGAAAUUUGAUUCGCUCGUUCCAGCAACAUGAAGGAGCUGUUCAAAGCGUGUGUUUCUCGCCUGAUUCCUGUUGGCUCGUGACGUCCUGCACAUUUGGUGUUCUGAAGUUAUUUUCUUCGGCCGAAUUGAGCGAUACUUGUACCUCGGACAAUCAAGUUAUAUCCGCCCUUAGUUCCGUAGACGAUGCGCAUGAUUUAGGAGUCGUUUCUUGCGAUUUCUCAGCUUAUCAAGAGGUGAGGGAUAACGAACCGUUCAAAAAGUUGUAUCAUUUGGUAACAUGUGGAAAUGAUCAUACGGUUAAGUUAUGGGAGGUGGUUGUGGUGCAAAAUAAAUGCGAGAUGCAUCCGUCGAUCGCGUCGAUAAAUUUGUGUAGAACUAUGGAAAAGCAUAGCAGUGCUUUAAUGUGCGUUCGGUUCAAUUCGAAUGGUUCUUAUAUAGUCAGCAGUGGGUUGGAUAAGACGUCGGUUAUUUGGGAAACAAGGACUGGAAAAAUACUUGCGGUUCUUGAAGGCCACAAAAGAUACGUUGCUUGCUGUGCCUUUUCCAGGGAUGGUAAUUUGCUCGCUACGGGGUCCAACGACAAGUCCGUUAUCGUUUGGAAUUUAAAUGGGAAUUUGAGCCUUGACUCUGAUCUUGUGAGACGUUGUAGCCCCAAAAAGCAUUAUACUUAUGCCGGUGAGAUCGUUUUGGGAGAGCACGAAGUCGUGAAACAAGCCGAGUGCACUGACAACAAAGUUAGCCUGAUACAAAAAAUCGAUGAUCAUGGCGGGGCAGUUAAUACCGUUGCCUUUCAUGGGAACACCCUGAUGGCGUCUGGGUCAGGGGACAAAUCUGUUCGCAUCUGGGAAACUGUCGAAAUUGAUGACGAAACUUACAGCGGCGAGGUGAAGUUUGAGGAGAAAAGCUUCGGCCCGUUAGAAGGUCACAAGUACAGCGUAAAUCACGUGGAGUUUAGCCCAUGUGGCACUAUGCUCGCUUCCUGCUCCUUGGACGGUACAACAAUCGUGUGGGAUGCAGAGACGGGGGGUAGAGCAAAGGCGAAUUUUGUAAAUUCUGGACCGGGGAUUCGCGUUUGCCGAUGGUCUCCAAAUGGGAAAAUGAUUGCUACAGCAGGAGAUGACGAAAAAACGACAUUAUGGAAUGUGGAUACCAUGGAAGAAAUGCAGAUUUUUGAAGGGCACUCAGACGCGAUCACCGCCAUUGCCUUUACCCCAGACUCAAACUACUUGGUGACUGCAUGUAGUGAAGGAACAUGGAGGCUAUUUGACGAUAUAAAUACGCACAUGAAAUGUCCGUUAAUUUUUUGCGAACAGGGACAUGAUCUAGGGGUACAAGAUUCUGACUUUAGUCCUGUUUUAGAACCUGUAGCAUCUGCAGUGCCGCUGACGGAUCCACGCGGCGUCAAUCGUCAUUCCUACUUGUUGGCAACUUGUGGUAAUGAUUCUUUGGUUAAGUUAUGGCAUAUUACGAUAUACCUCGAUGUUGUACCUGUAUCCCGCGAAGAAGAGUUAUAUACUUCCAUAAGUACAAGCAACGCUGCGGGACAAACAUACAAGCUGUGGAAGUCGAUGGCGGGACAUGGUGGUAACGUUAUGAGCGUGAGAUUUUCACCUAUCAAUGGGGAAAUUCUAGGCAGCGUUGCUACCGACCGAACCGCCCGAUUGUGGAGUGUGUAUUCAGGAGUCUGUCUGCACGUACUAGAAAAUCACGACAGCCUUGUGACCACAUGUGCCUUUGCUCAAGAUUCGUCGCUGUUUGUUACAGGAGCCUUAGAUAAGACUGUACUAGUAUGGAAAUUACCUCAACAAUUGGUGUCGCAAAGUAGUCUCGCAGAUAGACUUAGGCAAGCGAAGAAAAGAGUGGCUGACUGGAAAUUCGAAGAAGUAGCAAGAUGGUUCAGGGAAAUCGAAUUGCCCCAGUUGGCCGAAAAAAUUCAAGGCACGUCUCUGAGUGGACGUCACCUAUUAACGAUGCCUGAACAGACUUUGGUUGAUGGCUUACAAAUUCAGGAUGAUGAGACUAUGGAAAUCUUUGGCAAACAAUUAUACUGGUUGAGACGGGAGGACAGCUAUACGUGGAACAUUCCCGAGGAAAUUGAGAUACCGCACGAGUUCUUAUGCCCAAUUACACACGAAGUUAUGCGAGAACCGGUACAAUGUUCAGAUGGUUUCACUUACGAGCGAGCUGCAAUCAACGAGUGGUUGUUAAGUGGGAAAUAUUCAAGCCCCAUGACAAAUGCGCCGCUACGCGAUACAAAGUUUGUUACAAAUGUUUUCUUGAGGAAUAAAAUAUGCUCUGUUUUGUUCGGUGACCACAAAGAAGAGUGACAUGGAGCUUGAAGCAGAAGAGUGAUCAUUUAUAAUUGUUUGUGUUCGAUAAUUUAGCUCUCCGGUUAUGCAACUUGAUACAUGCGAAAAUUGCUUGAGAAAUCACGGAUAGAGUGGUCUACCGUAUACUGUCAACUUAUGAUAUAAGAAGCACUGUGCACGCAAUUUUAUGAACAGAUGGAAACAGUGAAGAUGUGCUGAGAGUGGACCCAUUAGAUUAAAGGCGCUUUGUAUAAUUGGCUCCGUAAAGACGACCAAAAUCGGCCUGUUAGAUUGAACGAAUAAAUGAGGCGAGAAAAACUCUCAAUCUCCUCGAUUUUUUCCCAAUUCUCUUACAAGUGGGGAUUGAUAAACAGGUAAACAAGAAAACGUUUAUAAUCUACCACCUUUAUUUCGAUGAUCACAUUUCACUAUAUUACUUGCCUCACGAAUCUAUACGAAAACUGGAAAAACAUACCAUGCCCGAUAUUAUCCGCAUUUGGAUAAUUCUACACUGUUGUUGAGAUUUUAGAGAAAUGAGGAUAAUUUAAUUCUAUUCUAGUGCAGAAUAUAUUUCGUACGAGUUUAGUAUGGUAAUGUAAAAUAAUUACUAUACCUCUAUAUCUGUAUACACAUUUCGAUCUUGUUUUGCACUAUAUUCACUUACACCGAGUGAUCGUUUUUUCAACGUGUGUUUUCAAACCACGAAAUAUUAAAGUCUGUAUCUCUGUGAUAAAACAUCGAUUAAAUCGAGAUGUUCUUUGUAUGUUAACUGCAGUUGUAUUGACCUAAAGAAUUUUUCAAUAAAAUUAUAGACGGUAUUUA